AUGGAUAGAAAAGCUAUGCCGAAGAACAAUCGGAAAGCGCCAACUUACAGUUGCGGUUUGUGUAAAGAUCCGGACGAUGAUGGCAUGGUGGCUUGCGAUCGAUGCCAGCAAUGGUAUCAUUACCAGUGUGUGGGAGUAGGAGACUCGGUGGCUGAACGCGAAUGGAAUUGUCCCAUGUGCGACAAAAUAUCUCAGAAAAAUACUGAACAAGACGAACUAAGUUCCAAAGCUAGUACGACGAUGUCUACCAGAGCCGCUAGAGCAGCUUUGGAACUACAACAAUUAAAUGAGCGACAACGACUGGAGAUUCAACGUCUUCAAAUUGAAAAGGAGCAAAGAGAACGCGAAGCUGCCCUUGAACAAAAACACCGAUUACAGUUGAAGGUCAUAAUGGAAAAAGAAGCAGAAUUUGAACGCAAAUGCUUGGAAGAAGAACGACGCCGUGAAGAAGCAGAGUCUGCACUGGCCAAGAAACAUUUGAUGGAGGAAAAACUGCGAGAAGAGGCUCUAAAAAGGCUGGAAGAGGAGUAUAUACAAAAGAAAUAUGAAAUUAUGCAGUCACGACUAGAUGCUAACAGUAGUCGAAAUAGCACAGGCUCUAUUACAGAAAUGGAAAAGACAAGGGAAUGGUUAGCUGGCCUACCAGAUAAAUUUUCAACCAUGAUUUCUCUACCAAGCAGAAUGCCCUCACCUAAUCGGCACUCGUCAGCGUUACUUAAUCUAACAGACCGAAGUCGGGUUUCAAAUCGAUUUGAUCAACCUUCGCUAAAUAGCGUUCAGAACCCAACGAAUUUGUCAUGUAAAUCGGACCGUCAAUCGAUUUGUUUUACUCCCCAAAAACCAGGAGUAAGUUCUCUUACAAAAGCGCAAUUGGCAGCGCGCCAAGUCAUACCAAAGGAUUUACCAGCAUUUUCUGGUAGUCCGGAAGAGUGGCCAGUAUUUGUGAGUUGCUUGGAAAACUCUACAAGAGAGUGUGGAUAUUCGCAUGCGGAAAAUCUGAUUCGCCUACAACGGUGUUUGAAAGGCGACGCAAUGGAAGCGGUGCGGAGUAGGCUACUGCUACCAGCAGCAGUCCCACGUGUGAUUGAAACUUUACGAAUGCUGUUUGGUAGGCCGGAGAUUUUGAUCAUGACAUUGCUGAACAAAAUUCGCAAUACUCCUGCUCCGAAAGAGGGAAGAUUAGACACACUUAUCUCGUACGGGUUGGUGGUCCAAAAUUAUUGCGAUCAUCUAGUAGCGGCACAGCUAGAGACACAUUUGUCUAAUCCGUCGCUUUUGCAGGAAUUGGUCGAAAAGUUACCGUGUGAUAUAAAGCUUAAAUGGGUAGAUUAUAAAGAUGCAGUUUCAGUCCUUAUCCUCGAAACCUUUGGACAAUUCAUGACAGAAAUUAUGCGGAAAGCAAGCGAAGUUACAACACAUUGUUUACCAACGAUUAGAGGUGUAAAAUGCGAAGAACACCGGACGAAAGGUGGUAAUGUCCGAUCAAAAGGUUUUGUAAAUCACCACAGCGAUGUACGUAUAGUAAAAAAUCAGCAGCAGACCGAAAAGGCCUGUUCUAUGUGUGGUAGAUUUGGACACGCGGUGGAUAGGUGCGGUAAGUUCAAGACACUCAGUCCUGGAGAAAAAUGGAAGAUGGUGAGACAGCAUGAGCUGUGUAGAUCCUGUUUGAAAAGUCACGCUCCGUGGCCUUGUAGAAGACCCAAAGACUGUUCUGUAGAUGGAUGUCGCCUGCGUCAUCACCCUUUGCUUCAUUACUCACCAAUUCCAUCAAAUACACUUAGCAGUCCGCAAAAUCAUCAUAGCGCCGGUCAUACGGUUCUAUACCGAGUAAUACCGGUAACAUUGUAUAGUGGCUUGAAAAAGAUAAGCACUUUCGCGUUACUAGAUGAAGGUUCUGAGGUAACCUUGAUUGAAAAUCAAUUAGUCGAUGAGCUUGGCUUGCAAGGUAUACAUGACCCCUUGCACCUUCGGUGGACUGGGAAUGUUUCUCGAAUCGAAAACGAUUCUCGUAUAGUAAAGCUUCAGAUAUCCGGGAAGGGUAAACACAGAAAACAUAGUUUAAUAAAUGCACGUACAGUUGAGAAUCUUGAACUGCCUAUACAAUCUAUUAACCCAUCCAAUCUGAUUGGGCAUUAUCCAUAUCUACGUGGCCUUCCGAUUGAAAAGUACGAGCUAGCGCGACCUCAAUUGUUGAUCGGCUUAGAAAAUGUUUAUCUUGCGGCUCCCUUGAAAAUACGAGAAGGUCCUCGUGGAUACCCCAUUGCUACCAAGACUAGACUUGGGUGGUGCGUAUACGGUGGGACGUCACUCAUACAAAACCGAAAUAUUCAUCGGGUGUACCAUGUAAGUAAACCUUCAAUCGCUGAAGACGACCGUAAGUUACACGACUUAGUAAAACAAUAUUUCGAGACAGAGAAUUUAGGAAUAUCUCCGUCUACACUUCCACUUGAAACAACCAAAGAAAAACGGGCACGGUUUCUCUUAGAAUCUACUACCAGACGGGUGUCUGGAGGUUACGAGACUGGCCUUCUUUGGGCGAGUGAUGAAGUUAUAUUUCCGAAUAGUUACGCUAUGGCAGCUAGCCGUUUGAACGGGUUGGAGAGAAAACUAAAUAAAGAACCUGAUCUGGGUAUUCGCGUUCAAGAGCAAAUUGCUCAGUAUGUGGCAAAAGGAUAUGCUCAUAAAGCUACACCAGAUGAAGUAUCUGCAACGGACCCCAACCGAGUGUGGUAUUUACCAUUGAGCGUGGUAACGAGUCCGAAGAAACCGAACAAAAUCAGAUUGAUCUGCGAUGCUGCAGCGCAAGUCGAAGGUGUAUCUUUCAAUUCUAAAAUGCUGAAAGGCCCCGACCUUUUAACACCCCUACCGGCAGUUAUUUAUCGAUUCCGUCAACGAGCUGUUGCUGUGUGUGCAGACAUUCAAGAAAUGUUUCACCAGAUCAGAAUACGUAAAGAAGACUGCCAAUCACAACGAUUCUUGUGGAGAGAUAAUCCAACCAAGAAACCACUGGUUUAUGUGAUGGAUGUAGCGAUAUUUGGGUCGGCCUGUUCACCAUGCUCGGCUCAAUACAUUAAAAAUCUUAAUGCGAGCGAGCAUGCAGGAGAAUUUCCCGAUGCGGCAGAGGCCAUAAUAAACGGUCACUAUGUCGAUGAUUUUCUUGAUAGCAGAGAUACUGAAGACGAAGUCAUUCGUGUAGCCGAUGAAGUACGCUUUGUACAUCUUCAAGCGGGAUUUAAAAUAAGGAACUUUAUGUCAAACUCUACUUAUGUUCUGGAACAAAUGGGUGAAGCUGGAGCGUCGACCUUCAAAGCACUGAGUUUGCAGAGAGAAAAUGAUGCUGAAUCGGUACUCGGUAUUCGCUGGCAGCCACAAACGGAUGAAAUAUUGUUUUCGACACAAUUUUCUAGUUCCGUUGGCCAACUUUUGGAUAAAAUCGUUCGCCCAACUAAACGUCAAGUUCUUCGUGUAGUCAUGAGCCUCUACGGCCCGCUGGGCUUACUCGCGUCUUUUUUGAUACACGGAAGAGUGAUUAUUCAAGACAUAUGGCGUACGAAUUGCGACUGGGACGAUCAAAUCGAGGAUAGCAUUUAUGCCGACUGGAAAAAAUGGAUUGGUUUUUUUCCUCGUUUAAAGGAAGUAAAGAUUCCUCGAGCAUAUUUCGGUAAGAGUGUUCCGGAGCGUUGCCAUCCUAUUCAACUACACGUUUUCGUCGAUGCGAGUUCUACAGCGUUCGCGUGUGUAAUCUAUGUCCGUUUUAUCGAAGAUGGUGAGCCGCGAUGUACACUCAUCGGAGCCAAAGCCAAAGUGGCUCCAAUCAAACCUUUGUCUAUACCCCGACUGGAACUGCAGGCGGCCUUGUUGGGCACUAGAAUGCUGCAACAUGUGAUCAAACACCAUAAGCUACCGAUUUCACAACGAUAUUUGUGGUCGGACUCAUCUACAGUCCUUCACUGGAUCCAUUCAGAUCAUCGUAAGUAUUCCCAAUACGUUGGCUGCCGUAUAGGCGAGAUUAUCACCACAACGAGCCCUAGUGAAUGGAUGUGGGUUCCCACGAAUCUAAACGUGGCCGAUGAGGCUACCAAAUGGGGACAAGGUCCAUGUUUCAAUCCGGAGAGCAGAUGGUUUCGGGGGCCUACAUUUCUCUGGAAACCUGAAAAUUCAUGGCCGUCACAAAACUGGGGAGCAUUUUCGACAACUGAAUUACCUGAAAAUGAACAACGAGUAGUGAGUAUCCAUCGGAAGGAGUUAACUGGGACAAUAAUAAAAGUUUCGAGAUUUUCGAAAUGGGAAAGGUUGCUACGGACUGUAGCCUACGUCUUUCGUUUUGCUAGCAGAAGAAAUGUUGUCAACAAUCGUAACUCACUUGAACUGCUAGAUCAGCAGUUUCAACGAAAGGCGGAAACAGCUUUGUGGAAAAUAGUUCAAAUGGAUUCCUUUCCAGAAGUAAUAGCGGCAUGGAAAACCGACAAAAACAAUAAGCCUUCGGGGGUGGAGCCGAUAUACCACCCGCAAUUCAAAACAACAAUUUUUAUUGAUGAUGACGGAGUGAUUAAAUUGGAUGGUCGUAUCGGCGCCGCCCCCAAUCUGCCGAUCGAAGCUAAGUAUCCUAUUAUACUAGCUACGAACCAUCCAAUAACGUUUCUUUUCGUAGAUUACUACCACCGCCGUUUCAACCAUCGAAAUCGUGAGACAGUUUUCAACGAGCUCCGUCAAGUCGUCUACAUCCCCGGAUUACGUAAUCUUAUUAGAAAGGUUACUGCACGAUGUCAGUGGUGUAAAGUUUACACCGCGCUCCCCGUUCACCCAAAGAUGGCACCGCUACCACAAGCCAGAUUGGUAGCCUUCCAGCGACCAUUUACAUACAUUGGACUGGACUAUUUUGGGCCGUUACUCGUCAAGGUUGGGCGCAGCCACGUAAAGCGAUGGGUGGCGUUAUUUACAUGCUUGACCACACGAGCUGUUCACAUGGAGGUAGCCCAUACUCUAUCAACGAUUUCCUGUAAGAUGUGCAUUCGCCGGUUCAUAGCUCGAAGAGGCGCCCCGUGUGAGAUCUAUUCGGACAAUGGCACCAAUUUCCGUGGUGCAGCGAGUGAACUGUCGAAACAGAUCAUCAGUAUCAACCAAAGCUGUGCGGAAUAUUUCACUAACACAACCACUAAUUGGUUCUUUAAUCCUCCUGCGGCUCCUCACAUGGGAGGCGUGUGGGAGCGGCUCGUGAGAUCAAUCAAAACCGCUAUGGAUUCCUUCAAAACUGCUCCACGCGUACCCGAUGAAGAAACCUUUGAAACAAUAAUUCUAGAAGCUGAGAGUAUGGUUAAUACUAGACCUCUAACGUAUAUACCGUUAGACUCGGACACUCAGGAAUCCCUAACACCAAAUCAUUUCCUAUUGGGCAGCUCUAGUGGAGUUCGACAACCACCAUGUGAUCCAACAUCAGCAGUCGAGUGUUUACGUAGUAGCUGGAACUUGGCAAAACAUAUUUUGGAUGGAUUUUGGAGCAGAUGGUUACGAGAGUAUUUGCCGACGAUUGCGAGACGAACAAAGUGGUUUGAAAACGUCAAACAGCUGGAACAGGGUGAUCUUGUCUUCACAGCAGAUGAGGGCAGACGGAACAGCUGGAUUCGUGGACGGAUCGUACAGUUGAUUUUAAACCGAGAUGGAGUUCCACGGCAAGCAAUCGUAGAGACGGAGUUCGGCUUGCUUAGACGCCCAGCCGUAAAGCUCGCUAUUAUCGAUAUAAAGGAAAAUUGUGAGACCGUGUCUAGCGGUGAGAACCACACUCUGUCUCACGUCCCGGGGAAUGUUGGGGAAGCGAAAGCCUAUUCGCGCACCCCUGGUAAUGAUGACAACGUUCCUGCUGAAAUCAGUAAUACCAACGACUCACCGACUUUACUUCAGUGA